CUUCGCCCUUCUGCAGGCACCUGUCGGGGUUGUUGUAUUCUUAAGCCGCGGUCGGACUGUGGGAGGUGCUUUGGCAUGGGACGGCAAAAUUGUCAAGUUAAAUGUUGUAGGAAGCCUGCGGCCGGGUGUUGUGGGGCGUUAGCGAAUGUGUUCUUGGAGCAGAAUGAACAUCUUGGGUUCUUAACUGGAAGCGAAAGAUCAUCCCAUUCUCAGGAUCUCCUGUUUGAGAUGUCUGGGGUUUGCAGCACAAGGAAGGGAAGCUGAAGGUGAAGUACUUCCGAGGGAUGCUGAUGAGUCUCUUUCAGUUUACCGCUAGAAGGUUGGCUUCCCAAGCAUAUUGUGGACUUAAGGCUGCUUCUUCAAAGAAACAUAAGUUUUGUGUGGAAAUGGCUCGUCCUAGUUCAAAUAUGGCUGAUUUUCGAGAGGUGUUUGCCAAAGCGAAGCACAUAGUCAUCAUCACAGGAGCUGGUGUUAGUGCAGAGAGUGGAGUCCCAACCUUCAGAGGGGCUGGAGGUUUCUGGAGGAAGUGGCAAGCCCAGGAGCUGGCUACUCCAGAGGCUUUUGCACGAAACCCUUCUCGUGUGUGGGAGUUUUAUCACUACCGCCGGGAGGUGAUGUUGAGUAAACACCCAAACCCUGCACAUAUUGCCAUUGCAGAGUGUGAAAAGCGACUGAGCAAGCAAGGACGGAGCGUUGUGGUCAUUACUCAGAAUAUUGAUGAACUACAUAGAAAGGCAGGCACAAAGCACCUCUUAGAAAUCCAUGGUAGUUUAUUUAAAACUCGAUGCACCAAAUGUGGAAAUAUAUCUGCGAAUUACAAGAGUCCAAUAUGCCCCGCUUUGGCUGGGAAAGGGGCCCCAGAUCCUGACACAGAGGAUGCUGCAAUUCCAGUUGAAGAGCUUCCUCAGUGUGAGGAGGAUGGCUGCAAUGGGCUCCUCCGUCCCCACGUUGUGUGGUUUGGUGAAACCCUGGAUCCUGACAUUCUCACUGCGGUGGAGAAGGAACUUGAUAUUUGUGACCUCUGCUUGGUAGUCGGAACCUCCUCUGUGGUGUACCCUGCUGCGAUGUUUGCCCCACAAGUAUCUGCUAGAGGAGUGCCAGUUGCAGAGUUUAACAUGGAAGCUACUCCUGCUACAGACAGAUUCAGGUUCCACUUCUCGGGCCCCUGUGGGACCACUCUGCCGCCAGCGCUGGCUCGCCACGAGACGGAAAUCACCUCUUGAGCACCUCGGAGCACCCGGAGGGGAAGCGCCACGUGUGGGAGCGGCGGCCCGGGCCUGGGAGGCGGCGGCGGGUCACGCCGUACUGCCCCAUCCCUGCUCCCCACCGCAAUAAACGCAAGGCCGGGCCCGGUCCGGCCCGGCUCGGGCUCCGCCACUA